AUGAAGAUUCCUAUCCUCGCCACCCUCAUCCAUGCGCUGCCCCUCGUGCAGGCUGCCCCAGCCCGAAGGGAUAGCACUUCCAACCCCGGCCUUCGGGGAAGCGAAUCGCUAGUCGGAUAUUCAUCAUCGGAACCCUCGGCCAGUAAAUCACCGCCUGACAUCACAUAUUCGCUGCUUCCCGGACAGACGGAAGACCCUAAAAUUGGAUCCUAUCUCGAUUUUCAGAAUGUCGACAACCCGCAGCCGAUUCGUGGUUCGACUGGUGGAGAUGACCCGGGCCCGAGAAAUUAUAAUUACGACCGCAUUAAUAGCGAUAAGCUGGCACCGCCGGGGACAGACCAUGGGCAGACUAUCAAUGCUCAAUGGCCAAUGGGACUGAGUCAUAACAGACUCGGAAUUGAGGGCGCAGGAUGGGCUCGCCAGGAAAACACCGUUGUCAUGCCUGACGCCAAAUUGAUGGCAGGCGUUGAUAUGAGACUUGAGCCUGCUGCAUAUCGUGAGCUUCAUUGGCAUGUGGCAUCGGAAUGGUCUUUGGUCUUGAAUGGAUCAUGCAGAAUUCAGGCCAUCAACGAGAACGGAGAGACAUUUAUUGAUGACUUGAAUGCUGGAGAUGUCUGGUUCUUCCCCCCUGGUAUUCCACACUCCAUUCAAGCAUUGGAUGACGGAGUGGAAUUCCUCCUCGUUUUCGAUGACGGAGACUUCAGCGAAGACAACACUUUCCUUGCCACCGAGGUUUUCCUUCACACUCCGAAAGAGGUGCUCGCCAAGAAUCUUGGACUGACCACGUCGGCAUUCGACAACAUCCCCGAUGAUGAACUUUACAUUUUCAAGGGAACGCCAGCACCCGCAAACAUUGAGGAACAAACUGUGACAACAUCUGCUGGAGUAGUUCCUCGCACUCAGAGCUACUCUUAUCACUUCUCAGAGCAAGAGGCUCAUGUCGUCGCUGGCGGGUCUGUGAAGAUCGUCGACCCAAUCAGUUUCCCUAUUGCUAGCAACUUCUCCGCUGCUGUCGUCACCGUUCACCCAGGUGGUAUGCGUGAAAUUCAUUGGCAUCCAACUAGCGAUGAAUGGACAUUCUUCAUCUCCGGUCAAGGCCGAGCCACUCUCUUUACGGCUCCGAAUGCCGCGACUACUUUUGAUUACAGCGCUGGAGAUGUCGGAUACUUCCCCAAGUCGAACAGCCAUUAUAUUGAAAACACUGGAGAUGAAGAUCUAGUUUUCGUGGAGGUUCUUCAAGCCCCUGAGUUUACUGAUAUGGCUCUUGGUCAAUGGAUCGCCUCAACACCAAAGCAGAUCGUUGCAGACACUCUAAAUCUCAGCAACGACACACUGAGCAAGCUCAAGAAAGAGAAGCAGUAUGUUGUGGCUGGAAACACUUCUUCAUAA